AUGGCCUCCCUUCUGGACAGCAUCCAUGACAUCAGCAGGGUCUUUUACAAGCACGCCUUGCGUCACGGGGAUGACUUCACCUUGAGCCGGAGGGAGAUGAGGAGGGUGAUCCAGGAGGAGUUUUCUGAGAUCAUCAAGGUGAGAUGGAACUGAUGAUUAUGUGCCCCUGUAGCUUGUGUCUUCGUGGUGUCACCACCCUCUUCCAGCGUGGUGUAGUAGUUAAGAGCGGUAGACUCGUAAUCUGGUGAACCAGGUUCGCAUCUCCGCUCCUCCACAUGCAGUUGCUGGGUGACCUUGGGCCAGUCACACCUCUCUGAAGUCUCUCAGCCCCACUCACCUCACAGAGUGUUUGUUGUGGGGGAGGAAGGGAAAGGAGAAUGUUAGCCGCUUUGAGACUCCUUGGGGUAGUGAUAAAGCGGGAUAUAAAUCCAAACUCUUCUUCUUUUUCUUCUCUUCUUCCUUGGGUUUGGAAGAUGUGAGAUCUCUUAGUUGGAGGGCAGAUACCUGAGUGCACAUGUGUAUAAAUGCAUGUGGUGUAGUGGUUAAGAGCAGUGAAUUUGUAAUCUGGUGAACCGGGUUCGCAUCUCUGCUCCUCCACAUACAGCUGCUGGGUGACCUGGGCUAGUCACACUUCUUUGAAGUCUCCUAGCCCCACUUACCUCACAGAGGGUUUGUUGUGGGGGAGGAAGGGAAAGGAGAAUGUUAGCCACUUUGAGACUCCUUAGGGUAGUGAUAAAGCGGGAUAUAAAUCCAAACUCUUCUUCUUCUCUUCUAAAUGCAUGAGCAUGAACACUAAGGCAUCAUGACAUGUGAAGUUUGCUGUUUUACAUUCCAUAGGUAGAGAGGUUCAUUUUGAACACUCUUAUAGCUUGGUUACACUCUUCCUAGAAGAUGUUUACCCCCCAAGAAAGUCUAGAGGGGAUUCGGAACAGAGCAAACUAGGUGAUUGUUAAAGGAACAGGAAUAGUUGAGAUAUGGGGAUCCCUAAAGGUAAAGGUAAAGGGACCCUGACCAUUAGGUCCAGUCGUUGCCGACUCUGGGGUUGCGGCGCUCAUCUCGCUUUAUUGGCCGAGGGAGCCGGCGUACAGCUUCCGGGUCAUGUGGCCAGCAUGACUAAGCCGCUUCUGGUGAACCAGAGCAGCGCACAUAAAUGCCGUUUACCUUCCCACAGGAGUGGUGCCUAUUUAUCUACUUGCGCUUUGACAUGGUUUCAAACUGCUACAUUGGCAGGAGCAGGGACCGAGCAACGGAAGCUCACUCCAUCACAGGGAUUCGAACCGCCGACCUUCCGAUCGGCAAGCCCAAGGCUCUGUGGUAUAACCCACAUAGCAAAGAUCUGAUGGUGUAGCUGAUGUUGUGAUGAGACUGCCUACUCUCCACGCCUGACAUUGGGUGUCCCAGUCCACGCUGACUCUGUAUGUGUGAAUAAAAGGUCUACUUGCGCAGAAAUAAAUGUGCACUCUUCCUUCCCAUAUGUAAACAUGCCCCCCCUCACACAAUGGCUUUGAAAAGUUAAAAAAAAAUAAAUGCCAUUAGCACCACGAAGAAUAAUUUAGAAGACAAGGGAGAAAAGGAGACUGGUGUGUUUUGGAGUACUGAGUUUGCAGAAAUGGUUACAAAACUAACCUCAAACCUAAAAACCGAACGUGCUAAGUCCUUUUCUCCCCACCUUUCAGAGCCCUUGUGAUCCCCAGACCCUGGAGCUGGUCUUCCAACAGCUGGAGCACAACAAAGAAGGCUUGGUUGACUUCAAUGGGUACCUGCGUCUCCUCUCCAACAUGGCCAAGGCCUGCCUCUAUCACAGGGAGCCCAGAGGAGACGUCAGAGGAGAUCUUUGCAAAGGAGAACUUCAGAGGAAUGAAACCAUCCCCCGCCAGCUCCGCAAUGUGGAAUGGAAAGGAAGUGAUGAUUAUGAGAUUGGAGAUUCUGACCGGAUGGGCCCUCAUCCAUUUGAUGGUUCCAGGAGAAGAGAAGAGAGGAGAGACAGCCUUCUACGUGAGUCUGUGACACAAACAGAUGAGAGAAGCUGCUAUAGACGUGAUCUUGAGUCGGAAAGUGAUUCUGAGAGUUCAUCAAGCAGUUCUUCAAGUAGUUCAUCAAGCAGUUCAUCAAGCAGUUCAUCAAGUGAAUAUCUGGAAAAGGAAGAGGCGGAGAGUCGCCGACAAUCAGACAAACAAGACCUGCAAAGGGAUGAAGCUGGCGGCCGAGAUUUUGGAAAGAGGGACAACCUUGAGAGAUGUCAUCCUUCUCGUAGGUCUCAACUACGGGAAGGUGAUGAAAGGGAGGAAGGUUCCACACAAAGAGGAGACGAUCGGAGGCAAUGUCGACCACAAGAGUGCUAUGUGGAGGAUGAGGAGGAGAACUUGAGGAGACCACGGCAGCGUGGACCCCGAGAAGGUGAGAGGAGGAGGACACAGUCACGAAGAGAAGAUGAUGAAGAGAGCAAGGAGGAUCGUGAAAUGAAAACCCUGCAAAGAGAUGGAGGAAGGCGAAGGUUUCUGAUAGUGGAAGCACUGAGAGAUGAUGUUAAGAGGAAGGAGCCGCUGGAAAAAGGGCUUGAAGGUAGAAGGUCCCAACAAGUAUACUGUGCUGAUUCCAGGGAAAGUGAGAGGAGAAGGUCUCAGUCCUCUGAGCCAGCACUGUGUGACAAGGCUCAGAGAAAUCAACGAUAUUAUGUACAUGAACCCCUGGAAAAUGAGAGCGACAGGAGAAGGUGUCAAGCCUGCAGGCCAGGAGUACGUGAGGAUAAUCAAAAGAAGGAGCAGAAUCCAGAUCUUGAAGGUUUCAAAAGAGGAGAAGAGAGAAGGAGGUCUCUACGGCGUGAAGUUGCUUCCCGAGUAGCUAUUCAACAGAAGCAGCCAUGUUAUCCUGAGACCCCAGAAAGGGACGCUGAGCGGAGAAGAUCUCAUGUUUGUAAACAAGGACUUUGUGAAAAUAUUCAGAAGAAGGAGCAGCGCUUUGAGACUGGAUCCUUCGAAAGGGGUGCUGAGAAGAGGAGGUCUUUGCGAUGCAAACCAGGAGUCCGUGGGGACAGCCUGGAGAACCGACAGCACUGUGAGUCUGAGGCCUUCGAAAGGGAAGCUGAGAGGAGGAGGUCUCUUCGAGGUAAACCAGGACCAUGUGCAGAUCGCCUGAAGCAGCACUGUGAGGUCAGGCGCUUUGAAAGAGGUGCUGAGAGGAAGAGGUCUGUACGGCGUGAAGUGGCGAGCAGAGAGGACAGCAACGGGAGACGGGAGCGUUAUGAGUGUGAACCCCUGGAAGGCAAUGAUGAAAGGAGGGGGCCAGCAAGAGGUUGA